AUGCCACGUUCCGAAGAAGCAGAAUGGUGGGCUAACGCAGUCUACGAAGCCAUCCAAGAGGUCCCCCGGGGCAAAGUCACUUCCUACGGUCACAUCGCACGCCUCCUGGGUGAACGUAUGGAUGCAAUCACAAAGUUGUUAUAG